AUGUGGACUGUAUUGAAAUCUAAACAGUCAUACACCAGCACAAAAUCCAUUGACAAUGCCGCAAAGUACAUUGUAGGCAUUCUGCAGGAUAAAGAAGUCCAUCUGUCGCCGUUGACGAGCAUUCUACAGCUUCGUCCAAGUUUCCAAUACUUCGACAAAGAGGAUAAACGUGCUAAGGCUGAAGAAAAAUCCAUCAAUGAAGAGGACGACGAUGAGGAACUGCAGCAGGUCACAGUAAAGUUCUCGAAGACUGGGGCGAAUCGAAGCAAGAAAAUCAAAGACAAGAGUUACGACAGCUUCGUGAAGCGCUGCACCGAAGAACCCUGGUGCGAAACCCUCUGGCAUCCACGAACAUCACCCACGGCUGAAUUGGAACGGCAAAAGUUGUUUGCCACCCAACAACAAACGAGUCAUUCUAUGGAAUUGAAGGCCACGAAAUACGCCGGCAAGCUUUUGAUACAGAAUUAUCAAGAGAUGAGUAUUGAUACGGUGCUUCCAUCGAAGGUGAUUGGAAAAAACAAAUUAAAGACAAUGCCAUUGACUGAUCAGUUAAAAGUAAUUCUCAAAGAUGCUCGCAUGCUCACUUUCGAUGAUAUCAUGUCGAUUCUGACAGAAAGCGAUGAGUGUCUCAGUUCCGAGAGAAACUUGAAUGGAGUGAACUCUGCGGAAAAAUGUACGCCAUUGCUUGUGCUGCGGACUUUGGCAUUGGUCGGGGUGCUCAUCAAGGGUAAUUGGGUUGCCAAAUCAGAAGUCAUAUAUCCUCCAGACAAUUUAUCAAAUGCCAAUGGAGUGUGUUCGGAUUUGAUGAUUCGUGCUAGAGACUAUAUUCUCUACAAAUUCUCCAAACAAGAAUUCCUCGAUCGUCGCCAAGUGAUCCAAGCAACUCAACUACCACCGGAAGAAGCAUUAGAGACUUUGCAAUCCGUAGCUAAAUUAAACACCGAGAAGAAAUGGCAACUUCUCUUACCGCCAGAUAAAACAUUUAUAAAUCGCUACUCAGAUCACGUCCAACGACAAGAUAUGCUUUGGCAGGCAACAGAGCAAACAUUCAAUGAAAUGGACUUUGAAAAAUCCCCAAAACGAGUCCGCAAGCGAUCUGUAAGAGAAGCCAAAUUAGAUAAGUCAUUAGCGUGAGUUCGCCUAUCGAAUUUGUUAAGUUUAUAUUAUUAGAUUAGUUUUUAUACACAAUGUAAAAUAUAAUAUAAAUUAAUGCGAUAUAAUUAUUAUAUUAAAUAAAAAAUACUUUAUAUUUA